CGUGUGAAUGCGAGUACUCCUUUCUCUCAUUGUUUGAGUGACUGCAGGUAUUGGUGUCUGCCUCUGAACGUGCGCGCGUGUGUGUGUGUCUGGGAGUGUGUGUGUUGGAGAGGGAAAGAGAUAAAAAGAGAGAGUGAGGCGAGCAGUGUUUCUUUUCCCCCUCUAGCCUCCCCGUCUCCCUGAUCCCUGUCACUCCGUUCUUCCUCCCUCCCGGACCACCCUGCCUCCAGUCGGAUAGACCCUGGACCUCCCCAGGACCCUUCUCCCAUCACCCCUUUGACUCUCCUCACUUCUCCGACCCGCUUUGUCAACUGAGCAGUUUUUCCAACGAAUCCAAUAUAAACCUGAAGAGGAACAUAUUAUUGGACACUGUUAAACCAUUCGAAGUGGUCACCAAGGAAGCAUUGCUCAGGUGGAACGGCACUGGACAGACAGAAGUCUCCCCAGUCCUCUGGAAGGUUGACAGCACAAGGUCACAUGACCUGGAAGAGAAAACCCAGGAGACUUUUGGGAUCCCUUUUUGAAUGGGCCGGUUAUCAACCUGGAAACAAGUCUAAAGACUGAUGAACUGAUCUGCACGGAGACGCAGCUGUGCUCGGUCGUCCCCUCUGCUCUCUGCCAAACGGCUCCAUUAAUGCCCUGAGAACCCACGGCCUAGCGCAACUCUGGUGACUGGCUGGCUUCUGUACCAUCACACUCCUCCCAUUCCUGAGGAAACCCUCUUCACGACCACACUCCUCCUCUCUUCACCUCCACUCCCAUUAUGGAACCCAACAAAGUCCAGCCAGAGGGCGGCCUCAAUGUCACCCUCACCAUCCGCCUCCUCAUGCACGGCAAAGAGGUUGGAAGUAUUAUUGGCAAGAAAGGGGAAACAGUGAAGAAAAUGCGCGAGGAGAGCGGAGCACGAAUCAACAUCUCUGAGGGCAACUGCCCCGAGAGGAUCGUCACCAUCACCGGCCCAACAGACGCCAUCUUUAAGGCCUUUGCCAUGAUUGCCUAUAAGUUUGAGGAGGAUAUAAUCAAUUCCAUGAGCAACAGUCCAGCCACCAGCAAGCCCCCUGUCACUCUGCGUCUGGUGGUGCCAGCCAGCCAGUGUGGAUCUCUCAUUGGGAAGGGAGGUUCCAAGAUAAAGGAGAUGAGAGAGUCCACAGGGGCACAGGUUCAGGUGGCAGGGGACAUGCUGCCUAACUCCACAGAGCGUGCCGUGACAAUCUCUGGGACCCCUGAAGCCAUAAUCCAGUGUGUCAAACAAAUCUGUGUGGUCAUGCUGGAGUCCCCACCGAAAGGUGCCACCAUUCCCUACCGCCCAAAGCCCGCCUCCACCCCCGUCAUUUUUUCAGGUGGCCAGGCCUACACAAUUCAGGGACAAUAUGCCAUCCCACACCCAGAUCAGUUGACCAAGCUCCACCAGUUGGCUAUGCAGCAAACCCCCUUUACCCCCCUCGGACAGACCACCCCUGCUUUCCCUGGUUUGGAUACCAGCCCCCCGGCCAGUACUCAUGAACUCACAAUUCCAAAUGAUCUAAUAGGCUGCAUAAUCGGGCGCCAGGGAACCAAAAUCAACGAGAUCCGCCAGAUGUCUGGGGCGCAGAUCAAAAUCGCUAACGCCAUGGAGGGCUCGUCGGAGCGCCAGAUCACCAUCACGGGAACCCCCGCCAACAUCAGCCUUGCCCAGUACCUCAUCAACGCAAGGUUCAGGGACGUGGCUGCCAUGUGGAAUGACCCGUCAUCCAUGACAACAUCCUGAGGCCCAAAUCUGGUUCCACUAUGAAGAAGCUAACAGCAGCAACUGUCUCCCCAAUAACCCCAUGUAUACUCCCACAGAACUUAAUGGCUACCUGAUUCCUUUAGCACUUGACACUUAAGCUUUAGCAGCUUUGAAGAGGCUAAAGAGGCUAUUUGUAAAGCAAAGUGAAAAAAUUUGACUUGAAUUCUGUUCAUGUAAUGUAAAGAGUUACGUAUAGUGUUUCAGCAUGCCGAAUGCUUAGGAUAAUUGUUACAUUCUUUUUCUGUUUGCUAGGUCAGAGAUAAGUUUGCAGAUUCAAUCUUGUAGUUAAUUGUCAGGCAAGUAAAAACAGAUAAAAAGUGAAAAACAAAAAAAUAUUGCUAUUCAGAUUGCUACUGAGCAAUGCUAUUGGCCAUGAGUCUCGAGUGAUGUGAUGCGUUUGUGAAGAGGUAUUGUUGCAUCAAAUUUGGAAUGAAAAGGAAGUGCUUUUUAUGUAAAUAGUAAGGAGGUUUCGGAGGUUCUCCUUUUUGCAGGGAGACUUAAAUUAUUAAGUCAACAACUUUCAUUGUGAUAGAGGACUACGUUUGAACUCACACUAUUCGUAGUUCAAGACACUUAGGUGCAGGUUUUUCAAUUAGGGAAAAUCCAGAAUUAGCUGGAAAAUUUGGAUUGGUUUUUAUCAAAGUGCAUCAUAAAAUCCAUAUGCAUGACCAAAAAACAAUAGUAAAUGUAACAUUUACAUUUUUGGGUAACUAAAAGCCAGAAUUCUGCAGAGUUUCACUGUUGUGCGAAAGUGUCCAAUCUCAGAAUAGUUUUUUUCUCUCUUUUUCCUUCACCCUUCCCUUCUCCCCUCUUCCGUAACUAUUCUAGGCUGACGUCUGAGGUCACUGGAAUGUGAACACUAAUUUCUACCCAUCAUUCUUCACUGCAUCACACGACCCUUGUGCCAAUGGCAUUGCACGUUUAUUUUUGUUCUCUGUAUUUAUCUGUCCUGCGCCUUUAAGUGAUCCUAACUAAUUUAUUAUAUGUAAAGUAAACAUGAUACCCACACUGUUAACAUGAUUCUCCUCACCUGCCCUCAACCGACUAUUCAAAGGACACUUUAUUUUUUGGCAUUAUCAUGUGUUUUACUGUGAAUUCAGUUUAUUUAAUCAUUUUAAAACACAGCUAUCGUGUCUAUGCUCAUGAUAUAUGCAGGGUUCGAGAGAGACUAACCAUCCCAGAAUUGUCCCGAAGUGCAAUUUCAAACGCCCCAAAAAUAAAAUAAACUGUCCCAAAUUAAAA